AUGCACUUUUGCAAAGUAGCCCGUUCAGCACGCUCAAGAAUAACAAAUGCUCAGGUUUCAAGAAAGACGAUGACAGAGGUCGUUCUCUUAGUAAUCUCUUUUAUAUUCAGGUAUGGAGAGUUUGGAGGCUUCCAAUCUACAGAACCUAACCAUGGAGCUUGUGCGCUGAUGAGCUUCUCGAUUGUUACUGCUUCACCUAUUCUUAUACUUUACCUCAGACGCCUGACACUGAGGACCCUUAAGUCGUUCCGGCAGUAUUCAGAGAGUACAAAGCAAAGUUCUAAAAUGUUCUUAAAGGUAAAUCGCUCUAUGUUGGAGCAAAUUUUCAAGAGCUACUUGGCGAAAAUGAGUGCUGGUUAUAAGUAUAGGAACCGAUUUUGUCCCGUAAUCCUGCCAGCCCAGUUAAGAGUGGGUGUGUGGUGGAAUUCGAGCCUCGCUUUCACAGUGCAAGCUAUGGUUCCGAUUUGUUGCUUCGUGACAACAGCUUCACUUGGUAUUUUCGCAAAAAUUUCUGGAUCGGAAAUUGCUUUAAUCGAAUAUCUUUUGCUUGCCGUUGGGGCACUACCAUGUGUGAUUGAUCCUCUGAUCGCAAUUUACUUCGUCCCAUCAUACAGAGCAUGGGUUAAAAAGAAACUUUGCAGCCGCUUAAACUCAAGAAAGGUAGAAACGCGGAGCACAACAGACAGCACAAGAAUAAGGACAACUUUCAUAGUGGAAGGGACUGCGGUACCCGUUUCAGUUUCCUGA